AUGUGGAUGGGGGAGCCCGAGACUGAUCUCCUGUACACUGAAGAAGAAGCUGUUGGGUUCUCAAUAUAUAAAAGUGUGCCCCUGGAAGAGUGGGAGUGGGAUGACUCGGCUGGAUGCUACCUGUUAGAAUGCCCUUGCGGAGACGCAUUCAGCAUCACUAAAGAGGACAUCGCGAAAGGUUAUAGAGUGUGUGAAUGUCCUAGUUGCUCCCUCAAAGUGCGUAUAAUCGUUCAGUAA